GACAGGUGAGAAGGAGGGAGGAGUGUGGACUUUCAGUAGCUUCAGUAUAGGGGCAUCGGAGGAAAGGAGGGGACGGAACUUUGUAUUCAAACAAAAUUUGCUUAAAUCUACCGCAAAACACUCCUGAAGUGGCAAAAUUAGCGGGCAGCAACGGUUUAAAACCGGGUUUUACGUUGUAAAAUGUAAUCGUCCGACUUGCGCGCUACUCAUGAGCCGACCUCAUCGAUUGGCCACAUGGUGGCCAGCGGCUACUGCUCCUUUACCAUUUUGUCGAUACCUUUCCAUACCUUUGAGAAUUUUAGUUUUCUUUGUCAGUUUCUCUCCGAUUCUGUAAACUUUCAGUAUCGUUCAUGCCUUACUGCUUAAGAAAACAGAAGGAAUCGCUUUGAAGUCUAGAUGCGGAGUUAACCGUCAUCUUGCAGCUGCCGGCCCAUCUUUUGUGAAAUCCUUAGACCAAAGAUAAUGGCAUCAAAACCUUCAGUUCUUGUACUUGGAGGUUUGGGAUUUGUUGGUCGUAACCUUGUGUGCUACCUUGUUGAGCAUGACCUGUGUUCUAAGAUUCGCGCUGUUGACAAAGUCCCACCACAGACUGCUUGGCUGAAUGAAAGACACAAAGAAGCCUUUAAGCACAGCAGUGUUGAAUUCAGGAGUGCCAAUCUUAUUAAUCCUGUUAGUGUGGAGAAAGCAUUUCUGGAUGCUGACGGAGAUUUUGAUGUUUGUAUCAACUGUGCUGCAGAGACUCGAUAUGGACAGUCUGAGGAGGUUUAUGCAGAUGGGGUAUUUAAACUUAGCAUGAACUGUGCAAAGCAAGCAGUAAAGUGCAAUGUGAAAAGGUACAUCGAGAUCUCCACAGCUCAAGUCUAUUCCUGUGACAAGGGUGUUAGUGAUGAGGAGAGCAGGACAUCUCCUUGGACUUACAUUGCAAAGUACAAACUGAUGGUAGAGGAAGAACUAUCUAAACUUGAUGGAUUAAACUAUGUCAUUGGUAGACCAGCUGUUAUUUAUGGACUGGCUGACCGGCAAGGACUAACUCCAAGAUUGAUUAUUGGUGCUGUCUAUAAGCAAAUGGAAGAAAAAAUGAAGCUACUGUGGACCAAGGACCUGAAAAUGAGUACUGUUCACGUGACUGAUGUUUGUCGUGCAUUGUGGCACCUGACCAGCCAUGGCAAGAGUGGCGAUGUGUUUAACUUGGCAGACAAGGGUGACUCCACUCAGGGGAGUAUCACAAACUUUGUCUGUGAGAUAUUUGGAAUUCAGCAUGACUACUUUGGAACCGUAUUGUCCAAUAUGGCCCGGUUGAACAUGGCAAGUACUGUGGAAGACUCGAAUGAAAAACACUUAGCACCUUGGUCGGCAGCUUGUGAAAGGGAUGGCAUCCAUACUACUCCCCUUAGUCCUUAUUUAGAUCAGGAACUUCUGUACGAUAAUCACCUGUGUAUAAAUGGAUCAAAGCUGGAACAAUCAGGUUUUAGCUACAACUAUCCUGAGCUUACUGUGGAAGGUCUAAGAGAGGUGCUUGAUGAUUAUGUACAGACAGGACAAUUUCCUCCUUCACUGGCCCAGCCAAGAUGAUGUCUUCAACAGUAUGGACGCGGGUAUUCCACUUAAAAAUGGCGUAGAGAGAAAUUAAGAGAAUUUGAAAAGAAUAAGUGCAAUGAUUGCACCUUUGACAUUCUAAAAUGAAAACCACAUUAUCUGGAGUGAGCCAGAAAGGAUUUAGAAUGGCUAGUAGUUUUUCCAACUUUAUUGUUCUUAACCUGUCUUAAACCAUCCUUGCAUGUUUAGAUAGAUGGACACCUUUAUUAAAAAGUAAAAAUUUAAAGGUAAAAAUUUCAGGGUAGUCCCUUCAGGGAGCUUACAAAGCAUAUCUGCUAUCAAUAGGAGCCCUGAAGCAAUUACGUAACAUAGAUUACACAAUAACAGUAUUUUCAAUUGGAGUUUUGUGGCUUUUAUAUAAGUUUCUUGUAGUUUGAACGUAAUUUGUACUUCGUGCUCGGCAAUUCUUCGUUGAAGCUUCCAAGUGCUCAGUUUUCACUUGUUUUCGUCCAAUCAGGAAAGGAUACAGUUGGCAAUCUCCACCGAGCUACACUGAUAGAUUGAUGCUUCCUAUCAAAUUUUAUUGGUGCAAUUUGUAAUUUAGAAUCGGUAUACCCAGGGCAAAAGUGAUGAAGAGAAGGUGAAGACAUCAGGGGAAAGCUAAAAGGCAUCUUUUUGGCGCAAAGAAGUCCACAGACCUUUUAUUUUUUGCGCGCUUCGCGAUCGUUUUCGCGCUACGCGCACUCAAGAAGAAAAAGCGUAUGUGGACAGACCACACCAAAGAAGUGCUUGUUCCUCCGACGGCGAGGACUUCAAGCUUUGAAUGUAUGUAACGAAAUUUCAAGAAUAUCGUCAGAUUUUUGCGAGACUGAUGAGGUAUUUUUGGUUCAAUAGUAAUAGUAAUAAGUAAUAAUUUUUUUAAAGUCGCGACACAGAAAGUGGUUGCCCAUUCUCCCGAGCCAGGGGCUCAUGAUAAAAGUGCUUGAUGAAGAGAAGAUGGAUUAAUUUUGAAGCCUCCUAGGCACAUAUAAUUUAUUUCAAUUGCGUUAUUAUUAUUAUUCUGACAAGCCGGUCCGCCCUUAAUUACUUGAUGUACCGGGCGUGGUUUCAGACCACAAUAAAAUUACAAUAAAGAAAUGAAAAAAGGAAACACUUUUA